AUGUCAGAAGGAGAGGAGAAUGAGACUUGUUUAUUUUUAUCAUUUUUGCAAACUUUGGAAAAAUCUGCGAGGAAAAGAUUAUUCGAAAAACCAUCAUGUGGUAAGUGAAAAAUGGAAUUUCGUGGGAAAAAUAGGAUAUUUCAGCGUUUUUCAUUUUUCGAAUGCUUCCUCCAAUGUCACAACAAAUUAUUGUGCAAUUAAUUUGGAAAGGGAAUUUACAGUAAGUCAGUGUGCUUGAAAAGGCGUCAUCUAGGCUUCUUAUUUUUAAGCUGAAAAAUAUAAGCUAGAGCUCAAAAAAAUUUGGGGACUUUGGGUCACAUUUUCAAUCAAAAAAUCCUCUUAUGAAAAUUCAUUUUCCAGGCCCGAAACAUCUGAAAAUAUCGAUUGGGAUCGCUGGAUCAAACUAUUGUCUAGUCUAGAUAUCAUUCAACCAGACGAUGAAUCAACUUCGAAAAUACCGUAUUCAAUUGAUGUGAGUCAGAAAAAAAGUUCCCUUUCAAACAAUCCCCCAAAAAUUUGCAGUUCUCCUUCCGCCGCUCCUAUCUUUUCGCAGUUAUGAGUGGAUCAUGUCGAAUAUCUGGUCUAAAACAACAAAUCCUUGACGAGAAGAGAAAACAGAAAGAAGUUGGAAAAAAAGCUUCGGAAAGAUGGGAUUGUAUAUUGAGAUAUUUAGCAUUGCCGACAGAACAGAAUCAGAAAUCAGUUUCAGCCACAACGAGACAUCUUUUCAGUGCUGCAAAAUUUACGAGCGGUGAUGCGAAUAUUGAAAUUACAACUGUUGGUUUUCAAUUUCUUUUGCUUAGUCCGGUUCAACAAAUGUGGACAUAUAUAAUUGAAUAUUUCAAAUUAGAAAUUGCAAAUGGUCAUGAUAUUGUGGAUCUUCUCGAUUUAUUGAUUCAAAUUGUAUUAUGUGCAAAUAAAGGAUAUGAACCUGGACAUGAAGCAUUUGUAUUGGAAAAUGAUUGGGAUGAAAGACAAAAUGAAAUGAUUGCACAUCUUCGAGAACUUGGUGUUAUUUUUAUACGAAAAACUAAAGAUGGAAUAUUUUUCUUGACUCCACUUUUAUCGCAUUUAGCAACUUCGGAAUUGUCGACAGCGGGAAAUUCGAUUGAGAAAACUUCAAAUGGAAGUGUUAUUGUUGAGACGAAUUUCCGGUUAUACGCAUAUACUUCAUCUCCAUUGCAACUUGCGAUUUUGUCAACUUUUACUGAAAUGACUUAUAGGUUUGUUUGGGAAACUUUUGGGGAGAAGUUAAAUUUGAAGUUGAAGGAUUUUUUCAAAUAAAAAGCAACCGCUCUUAAGUGAUUCAGGUUUAGACUGAAACUAAUCAAAAAUUUUUCAAAGUGUUCCGAUUCAGAUUUUUUUCUAAAAACUGGUUCUGGUCCUAUUCAAAAAAUCCCAUCCUUCCAAAAGCCCCGUCGAAAUCCUACCAAAAUUAUUUGUUUUCUUCCAGAUUCAAUGACAUGUCGGUUGGUAUGUUGACUCGAGAAUCGGUUCGAAGAGCACUUCAAGUCGGAAUCACCGCCGCACAAAUUAUCUCGUUCCUACGAACAAAUGCACAUCCGCAAUGUUUGGCGACUGGUGGAACUUUGAAUUGUCUACCGAUUACUGUAGGUUCUUUUUGAGUUUUGAAAAUCGAAAAAUACCAACAAAAAAUGGUUUAUGAGAACUUUGAGGUCUCCAAAAAUCAUCGAAAACUCUGAAAAUAAAUCCUCAUGGUAUUUUUCCCACAGGUCGCCGAUCAAAUUCGACUCUGGGAAGAUGAACGAAAACGUAUGGAUCUCAAAGAUGCCUACAUGUAUUCAACAUUUGAAAGUGAUGAUGAAUAUUUUGGUGUUCGAAAUUUCGCGCAACAAGAAGGUAUUCUUCUUUGGGCGAAUAAUGAUCAAAAAUUGGUAAUUGUGACUGAAGACGGGCAUGAACGGGUUAAACAAUGGUAUAAGGCCAAUCGGAAAAGUUAG